AGGUCUAUAAAGUGACGAGGAACUCGUCUGAGGACAACAUUCACUCGGCGAGUUCCUAACUAUUACUCUCUCACAAAAUGUGGCUACUCGUAUUAACAGGACUGCUGGCCGUCGCUGCGGCUGGAAAGGAAAACGAUCCCGCGAAAAUCGCGGCGGUCGAGAAGACGACGUCAGCCAAGGCCGACGAUCUCGUGCUCCUCGAGAUCGAUGUGAAAGGACCCGCCAAACGUUCGCCGAUUUCCGCAUCCGCCGUCUACGGUGCAUCGCCGAGUCAAUUCGUCAUCCGACACGGUGACGAGUCUCAAGAGCUGACGCCCGAGUACCUCGGACUACUUCAGCAGUACACGCAGACGACCCAUCAACAGCCGCAGCCUCAGCAGUCCCAAGCAACGGCUCAACGUCGUCCAUUGCCGGCUUACGCCAGGCAACAACAGCAGCUCCAACAGGCCUAUCAAAAUUCCAGGGUACCGGCCGUAGCCCCGCCGAGGCCCAGGGCUCAACUCCAUCCGCAAGCUCUCGCCCAGGCCGAGGCCGCCGCCCAAAUUCAGGCCCAAAUCGACGCCCAGUCCCGCGCGGAAGCUCUGCAAGCCGCGAGAUUGCCUCCCGGUCACCAGGCGGCCGGAGCUUACGUGGACCCAAAAUUGGGUACUUUCGAACAGGAGCUUUUGCAACUGGUUUCGGCUAAUCAGGCGCAGGAGUUCAAGCUCGUGGCCGCUCAGCAGGGAAGACCGAGGUACCUGGAUCAACAACAGUCGCUCGCUUAUCAGGCCCAAUCGGCCGCCUACGUUCCCAAGGGUGGGCAGGAAGCUCUGCAGUUGCCGGAACAAUACCACGUAGAAACUACGGGGGGUAGGUACGGUCAUCAGCAGGUCGCUCAGCCGGCUGCUUAUCAGGGCGACGAGGUCGCCGUUCAGUAUCAGAGUCAGACGCCGAGGUACCAGAGCAACGCCGCGAAGCCGUUCAGACCGUCGGCCAGAUACCCGGAGCCUCAGGACCACGGCCACAUAGUUUCCCUGAAACAGGCCGAGGCUCAGGCGAUCGCUCAAGCUCAGGCUGAGGCCCAGGCGCAAGCUCUGGCCUUCCAGAGGAUAAGCCAGGCGUCGCACAACAAGCACCAGCAGGACGCCUUGGAACAGAUACGCGUGAACAACGAACAGCACAGACAGGCUACCGCGCUGGAGGAGAGCAGGGUCAGGGAGGAACAGCAGAGACAACAGACCACCGCUCUCGAGCAGAUUCGUCACGGUUCGCAGGUGAGCGAGGCGGGUCAGGCCCAUCUGAUAGCUCAGGCUGAGGAACAGGCCCAUCCGAGACCCGUGGAUCGCGAGGCCCAGCUGAAAGCUCAGCUGAAGGCGCAGGCCCACGCGGAGGCCGCGGCGGCGAGGAGGGCGCAGGAGGCGGCCGAGUACAAAGCUCACGCCGACGCCAUACUGAACUUGCAGGCGCAGCAGCAGGCCCACGUGAAAGCUCAGGAGGAGGCCCACAAGAACGCUCUGGCCCUCGAGAGGAACCAGCUGAGGGCCCAGGUCCACGCCCAGGCCCUGGCCAACGCUCAGGCCGAGGCAAUAUACAGACACCAGCAGCAAGCCAGGGCUAAAGCUCACAGCGAAGCUCAGGCCGCGGCCAGGGCCCAGAGCGAAGCGAGGAAGAACGACCCGGAACACACGCCGGUCGUUCAGUACCUGCUGCCGACUUCCGUUCCGCUACCGCCGCCGAACAGUUACUUCAACAGCGAGGAGGUGCAGAAGUACGCCACUUCGGCGUCCUCCUACGUACCGAGAUCGGCCCCGAAGAACGCUGGUGCUUCGACCGAGGAACAGGCGUACGCGCAGCCCCCCGUAAACCAACCGAGACAGGCGUACAAGUACAAAAAUCAGGCCCAAUCUUCGAUUUACGUGUCGCAGUCGGGAUUGGCCAAGAAAGCGCCGAUAAAGAGUCUCACGAUAGAGGAGAUCAUCGAGCAAGAUCAGCAGAACAGUCCACAGGUGGUUAGAUUGCCGAAUUUGAGCGGACCGCAAUCUUUGACGCAGGAGGACGUCGCGGCUUUGAUAAGCGCCGGUUAUUCCGUGACUCCGGUACCUUCGGCGAAACCGGCCCAGCGUACCUCGGGAUACGGCGACGAGGCGGCCGGUUAUUACGCGAAAAAACAACGCAGUCCUACGGCGGCUAGGGGGGGCGAUUACGUUAGCUACGACGAGAUUCAAUCGGCCGUACAACAGCAGAGAAGACCGUUGAGGAAACAGAAAAUUCAUCAGGUUCAGGAAUAGGAAAGAGAAAUGGGGAAAAAAGAGGGAAAAAGGAAAUGCCGGAUGCGAUGUAUAGGGAAAAUUGUUGUAACCGUCGUAAUUAUACCCAAAGGCGUUGAUGGGGUAUCUGAUUUAUUUGCUUGUUUUUUUUUUUUGGUCUCUUUUCUAGUUUCGAAAGAAAGUAACGAAAUUUUUUACGUUCGAGCGGAACACGACGCCUUUGGACUAUAAUGGGUUAUACAUCGUUCUAUUAUAUAUAUAUUAUAAACGAAACGCUAAACUAUCGCCGAUAUUAUAUGAUAUAUCAAUUACAUAAAUCACACGCACUCGGAUUAGCGUAAAGCCGGAGUUUCCAGAAGUCGCGAUUAAUCAUCGAAACUUUCGAAUAUCAGAAGCGUUGAAAAUCGAACGAAUAAAUUUACCGAGGUGCGCCACUCGAUUUUAAUGCGAUCAUCGUGAAACGGGGGGAACAGAAAAAAAAGUAAUUCAUAAAAAAUCUCAAAGAUUUGUGAGGGGGG